UUUGGUUGAAGCUUUCGAGAGAGAAACAUCGUUACACCGUUUGCUCUUCAAGCUAAAGCCGUUUUUUUUCAUAUCGCGGAACCCCAUAGAAAUUAAACUAGUGGUUGGUGAAGCAAAUAGAACAAAUUUUCGGAAGGACAGGUGGGUGACUCAUGACGGAGGAUUCAGGCGGAGGAGGACCAUCCUGGGCCUUCGGGUCUAGGUACAAUGGUCUGGAUAUAGAUCAACAGGAACUGGAAUGGUCAGUGAAAGGAAACAACCGUGCAAACAAUGGGAAGAAACGAUCAGCGAACCGUGCAGCACACAAUGAAAUCCAGUUCACGAAGUUGAUGAAGGUAGACAGCUACAACGGACCACGUUUCUUGGUGCUAAAUCGAACGGACAAGGACGAGACGAUGAAAACAGUAUCUCCAUUUUUCAUCAGGAAGGCAAUGGACAUCAUCACUCCAAAUGAGACGAUUGUUAGAACGAGGGAUGGCGGCCUUUUGCUCAAAACGAUUGACAGACAACAAGCGGAAAAGCUGAAGAAGCAGAAAAUUCUCGGAGGGACCAUAAACAUCGAAAUUACUGAACAUCCUACGUUGAACAGCUCCCGCGGAACCAUAUUCUGCCCAGAUCUGAAAAUGCACACCGAUGAAGAGAUUGUGGAUGAGCUGCGAUCGCAACACGUGACUGCUGUGCAGAGAGUAAAGCGUCGUAAUAGGAAAGGUGAUUUUGAAGAUUCUGGCGUAUUCAUUUUAACAUUCAACCUGGGAAACAUUCCAAACUCGAUCGAUGCCGGCUUCCAUUGCUGCAAGAUCAAACAAUACAUACCCCCACCGCUACGGUGCAUGAACUGUCUGAAGUUCGGUCAUAAGAGAACUGUCUGCAAAGGAAAUCAAAUUUGUGCCAGCUGUGCUAAUCUCUAUCACGACAAGACCCAGUGCCAACAAAGCUUGAAGUGUGUCGUAUGUCGUGGAGAUCAUCAUGCUUUAUCAAAGGACUGCCCAGUAUACCAGGAUGAACUCGAAAUUCAACGCAUGAAAAUCACCGAGAAGAUCACGUACCGCGAAGCCAGACAGAAAAGGAGACAACAAGCACCGGACCCCAAUCCACCAAGGCUGAGGCAGUCGUUCUCCAGCCUAUUCAAAACCCCACACAAUGCAGUAGGACAACAAAAGAACAUUGUAACGUCUAACCAAUCAAAUGACCAUGACAUCGAAACAGAAGGUAACUCAUCCAACUAUGAACCAACCCUGCAACGCCCGGCAUCGAGCCGAACAACCAGCACCACUCAGAUGAAUUCCACGAUGACCACACCAACACAACCAAAUAAGGAACCACAAUCACAAAAUGAAUACAGCAUUUCAUUAACGAAAGGUAGCACUAACACAAAAACUAACACACCAGAAGAAACAGAAAUAAAUCAUGCAAACUCUAACACGACUAACACGCAAGCAGAAUCUAACAACCUCAGUAUACUUUCACAGUUUAUCACACAAUCGAUCCACAUUGACGAUGAACAAUUUCAUGAUAAUACGUUGUAAUCCAAUCAGGCGAAUCAUUAGACACAUCUCUUGGAAAAUUUCUCGCUAUAAUCAUGGAUAGUUGCAUAUUACAGUGGAAUUUAAAUGGAUUUUAUAGCAAUUUCAACGAGUUAAAGUUGUUAAUAAGUGACUUGAACCCAUUUGC